ACUCCGGGGCUCGGCGCGGUCGGAGCGGAGCCGGCAGCAGGGAUCCGGGCGCGGAUCCUUCCCCCGCUCCCCUCCCCUCCGGGCCAUGCUUUAACGGGGCCGGUACCGGGGUGAGGGGGUCCAGACAACCCCCAACCCCCACCCCAGCCCCCGCCCCCUCCCCCCCCCCAAAAAGAAACCCUCAACCCCCCAACCCCCCCCCCCCAAACUUCCAGCUCCCGGUGCCCGGAGCGCGGUCGGGACGGGAGCUAUGCGGAUCCUGCUCCUCUGCCUGCUGACUCUCGCUGAUAGCCGCGGGCAAGUGGCACAGACUCGGUUCGUGGAGGAGCCUGAGGACCAGACGGUGGUGGCAGGGCAGAGGAUUGUCCUCUCCUGCGUGGUGCUCAACUACUCUGGCAUCGUGCAGUGGACCAAAGAUGGCCUGGCCCUGGGCAUGGGGCAGGGGCUCAAAGCCUGGCCGCGGUACCGCAUCGUGGGCACGGCAGACUCGGGGCAGUACAACCUGGAGAUCAGCGAGGCAGAGCUCUCCGACGAUGCCACCUACGAGUGCCAGGCCACCGAGGCCGCGCUGCGCUCGCGCCGUGCCAAGCUCACCGUGCUCAUCCCCCCUGAGGACCCAACCAUCGACGGUGCCCCUGAGAUCCUGCUGCGUGCGGGCACCCCCUACAACCUGACCUGCCGGGCACGCAGUGCCAAGCCUGCUGCCACUAUCGUCUGGUACCGCGAUGGGCUGCAGCAGGACGGGGCCAUCACCACCACGGAGGUGCUGGCAGAUGGCAAGAGGGAGACGACCACCAGCCAGCUGGCAAUCAACCCGAGCGACCUGGACAUCGGCAGGGUCUUCUCCUGCCGCAGCACCAACGAUGCCAUCCCGGCGGGCAAGGAGACCUUCGUCAAGCUCAAUGUCCACCACCCCCCGACUGUCACCUUGUCCAUCCAGCCCCAGACGGUGCAGGAGGGUGAGAGAGUUGUGUUCACCUGCAUGGCCACUGCCAACCCCGAGAUCAAAGGCUACAGGUGGGCCAAGGGAGGGGUGAUCAUCGAGGAGGCCACGGAGGACAGGUACGACACGCAGGUGGACUACACCUUCUUCACCGAGCCUGUGUCCUGCGAGGUGCACAACGACAUCGGCAGCACCAACGUCAGCACCUUGGUGGAUGUGCACUUUGCCCCUCGGAUCGUGGUGGACCCCAAGCCUACUGUCACUGACAUCGGCUCCGACGUGACCCUGACCUGUGUCUGGUCAGGCAACCCCCCCCUGACCCUCACCUGGACCAAAAAGGAGUCCAACAUGGUGCUGAGCAACAGCAAUCAGCUGUACCUGAAGUCGGUGACGCAGGCGGACGCGGGGCAGUACAUCUGCAAGGCCAUCGUGCCCCGCAUCGGCGUGGGCGAGAGGGAGGUCUCCCUCUUCGUCAACGGCCCCCCCAUCAUCUCCAGCCAGCCUGUGCAGUAUGCAGCCCGUGGGGACCGCGGCAAGGUCGAGUGCUUCAUCGGCAGCACUCCCCCCCCGGACCGCAUCGCCUGGGCCUGGCAGGAGAACAUCCUGGAGGCAGGGACGCUGGAGCGGUACACGGUGGAGAGGGCAAACACUGGCACCGGAGUCCUCUCCACCCUCACCAUCAACAACGUCGUGGAGGCAGACUUCCAGAGCCGCUACAACUGCACCGCCUGGAACAGCUUCGGGCCUGGCACUGCCAUCAUCCAGCUGGAGGAGAGGGAGGUCCUGCCCGUUGGCAUCAUCGCCGGUGCCACCAUCGGUGCCAGCAUCCUCCUCAUCAGCUUCCUCGUGGCUCUCGCUUGCUUCCUCUACCGGCGCCGCAAAGGAAGCCGCAAGGACGUUACCCUGCGCAAGUUGGACAUCAAGGUGGAGACAGUGAACAGGGAGCCGCUGGCACUGCACCCCGACCGCGAGGAGGACACUGCCAGCGUCUCCACUGCCACCCGGGUGAUGAAGGCCAUCUACUCGUCGUUCAAGGAGGAUGUGGAGCUGAAGCAGGACCUGCGCUGCGACACCAUCGACACCCGCGAGGAGUACGAGCUGAAGGACCCCACCAACGGCUACUACAACGUCCGUGCCCAGGAGGAGCCUCGCCCCUCCUCCCGCUCCGUGCUCUACGCCGACUACCGUGCCCCUGGCACUGCCCGCUUCGAGCCUCGCCCCCCCUCGCGGCUCUCCCACUCCAGCGCCUAUGCCCAGCUCAGCUCCUAUGCCCGCCCGGGGGCACCUGAGUACCCCCCGGAGCCUGCCCCUGCGCCCGGCCCCGCGCCCACCGCCGGGGACAGCUCCGGGCAGCUGCCCUACGAGAACUACGGCGGGCACGGAGCCUUCCCGCCCGGCCCCGCCUAUGCCACCUACCGCCUGGGCUAUGGGCAGGGCCUGGAGCGGGCACCCUACGAGGCCUACGAUGCCAUGGGCAAGUACCCCAGUGCCAGCCGCUUCUCCUACACCUCCCAGCACUCGGACUAUGGGCAGCGCUUCCAGCAGAGGAUGCAGACUCACGUCUGAGCCCGCCCGGGGGGCACCCCGCAAGGAGGAGGUGGCAGGGGGUGGGCACGGGCACGGGCACGGGCAUGGGCACGCACACGCGGGCAGAGGUGGUGGUGGGAGGGGUCCCAACAGGUACCUCACGACUGCCCCCCUGAUAUUCAGGGGUUCAUCCUGACCCUCUCCUUGCCCUGCUUCCCCUCUGGUGCUGUGCCCGCUGCUGCCACCUCUGCCACCUCCCUGGGCUGAGGGGGCACUGCCAACCGCUGCCCCCCACCCAGAGACUCUCUUGGAGCUUCCACAGGUUCAGUUCCUCCUCUUUGGUACCCUCUUGGGGGAGGGAGGGGAGGGGGAGGUUUUGGGGAGGGCACCUCCCACCUCCCUCCGUGCCCACCCUGCUGCCCCCUGCCCCGUGCCAGCCUCAGUGGGUGCCAGCAGGGUUGGUUCUGCAGCUGGCGCCGAGCCACAGCCCCCCGGGCCCCUGCCGAGCUCUGCGGGGCUGGAUCCCUCCUGGCACGGACCAGAUCCCUCCUGACCACGGACCAGAUCCCUCCUGACCAUGGACCAGAUCCCUCCUGGCACAGACCAGAUCCCUCCUGACCACGGACCAGAUCCCUCCUGACCAUGGACCAGAUCCCUCCUGGCACAGACCAGAUCCCUCCUGACCAUGGACCAGAUCCCUCCUGACCAUGGACCAGAUCCCUCCUGGCACAGACCAGAUCUCUUACAACCAUGGACCAGAUCCCUCCCUGGAGGUGGAUCCCUCCUGACCAUGGACCUGAUCUCUUCUGACUAUGGACCAGAUCCUUCCCUGGAGGUGGAUCCCUCCUGACCACAGACCAGAUCCCUCCUGACCACAGACCAGAUCCCUUCUGACUAUGGACCAGAUCUCUACCAACCACAGACCAGAUCCCUCCCUGGAGCUGGAUCCCUCUGGACCAUGGACCAGAUCCCUUCUGACCACAGACCAGAUCCCUCCCCGGGGCUGGAUCCCUUCCUGGGAAGCUUUCCCCCCCCCCAGGCCUCCUCCUGCCUCCCCCUGCCCCAUUUCUGCCCCUCCCCACUCCCUGUGCCUUGAUUUUGGGGUCCUCUCCCCCCACCCUUGGAGCCAGAGGGGGGGGGGGGAUGGUGCCCUGGGGGGGGUCCCCUCCAUACACACAGCCCCAUCUGUGGGGGGGGCCUGGGUGCGUGUGGGGGGGUCCCCACUCAGCUGGUAUCACCCUGAGCCCCCCCAGCAGCACCCCAAAGGACCCCAGGCACCAGCAUGGGGAUUUUGGGGGGGGUCCCCCAUGAAUGUAUAGGAAGGACUCCCCCAGACACAGCUCCAGGGGCCUGGGGGGGGCACUGGGCGGGGGGGGGGAGGGGUCCACAACUUGGAGACCCCAAAAUUGCUGCCUGUGGUAAUGGCGGGGGGGGGUCCCCAAUGCUUGACUGUGGUAAUGGGGGGGGGUCCCCAAUGCUUGACUAUGG